AUGCAUGAAUCUAAAAAGGUCCAAGAUAAAAUUGCGCAAUAUUUUACUCAUGCUAGACAUAGUAAUGUCAGUCCAAUUUAUGUAUCCCAAAGAUUCUUUGCAGUUCCUAAACCCAUCCAAGAAAAUGUUACCUAUAUUUCAAUACAUAGAGGAGGAGGAUCCUUGUUUGAUCUCAAAAAUAUUCUGAAUCAUUAUUCAGAUCAUCUGGUACCAAUUAUAGAUGAUUUAACAAUGAAAAAAGAAUUUAUUGUGAUUGAUACUAGACAGUCUAAAGAUGAUCCCUUAUCAAUUAGACAUAUGUGGGAUGCACAAACUGAGAUUCUUCCAAAAGAUAGCAAAGCCUUUAGUAUAACUAAAGAAAAACUAGAGCCAAAAAUCAAUAAAAAUUUGGUAAAUAUUGUAGAGACUCGAAUUUCUGAUUCCUCAUCAUCCCAGAGUAAAUUUAGUAUUGCUGGUCAAGAGGCUAUAUCUCAAGCAAAAAAAGAAAAUCGCCUAGUAAAGUUUGCUAGAAAUAUGCCAUCCCCAAAUAAACGCAAAGAAUUAUUAUCAGAAGGUAUCCAAGCCAAAAAUAGUGAUACAUGGGCUAAGUAUAUUUACCAGGAAGCUUUAAUAUAA